ACUUUGAGCGCUGGGUGCAAGGCGAGGCUGGAAAUCGGACACGAGGUCGGGGUGCCUUUGAGUUCAGAAAGGUGGAACAGGUUGGGAACUGUCUACCUUGACCACGCAGGAGCCACGCUGUUCCCCGAGAGCCAGCUCAGGAGCUUCACUCGUGAUCUCCUGGAGAAUGUUUACGGUAACCCUCACAGCCAGAACAUCAGCAGCAAGCUCACCCAGGACACCGUGGAGCAGGUGCGCUACAGGGUCCUGGCGCACUUCCACGCCUCCCCAGAGGACUACAGCGUGAUUUUCACCGCCGGGAGCACGGCUGCCCUUAAACUGGUGGCGGAAGCCUUCCCGUGGGUGUCCCGGGGCCCCGGGAGCAGCGGGAGCCUGUUCUGUUACCUCACCGACAGCCACACCUCCGUGGUGGGCAUGCGGGUGGUCGCCACAGCCAGGAAUGUCACUUCCAUCCCGGUCAGGCCCGAGGACAUGUGGUCGGCGGAGAAACGGGGUACUACCGCCAGCGACCCCGACUGCCAGCUUCCGCAUCUCUUCUGUUAUCCGGCUCAGAGUAACUUCUCUGGCACCAGGUACCCUCUGUCCUGGAUAGGAGAGGUCACGUCGGGGCGCAUGUGCCCGGUGAGCGCGCCCGCACCCGGGCGGUGGUUCGUGUUGCUGGACGCAGCCUCCUACGCCAGCACCUCCCCUUUGGACCUGUCGGUGCACCAGGCGGAUUUCGUCUCCCUCUCCUUCUACAAGAUCUUCGGCUUCCCCACCGGCCUGGGGGCGCUGCUGGUGCAUAAUCGGAUGGCUCCCCUGCUGAGGAAAACCUACUUUGGAGGAGGCACGGCUGCUGCAUACCUGGCGGGAGAAGACUUCUACAUCCCCAGGCCGUCGGUGGCAGAAAGGUUUGAGGACGGCACCAUCCCGUUCCUUGACGUGAUAGCGCUCAAACACGGAUUUGAUGCCCUAGAGCGCCUCACAGGCGGCAUGGAGAAUGUGCAGCAGCACACCUUCACCCUGGCUCGGUACACCUACGCCGCCCUGUGCUCCCUCCGGUACCCCAACGGGGCCCCGGUGGUGCGCAUCUACAGCGACUCUGAGUUCCGCAGCCCCGAGGUGCAGGGCCCAGUCAUCAAUUUUAACGUGCUCGACGCCAGCGGGAACGUCGUUGGUUACUCCCAGGUGGAGAAGAUGGCCAGUCUUUUCAACAUCCAGGUGCGCACCGGCUGCUUCUGCAACACGGGGGCCUGCCAGCGGCACCUGGGGAUCAGCGACGAGAUGGUCAAGAAGCACCUUCAGGCUGGUCAUGUCUGUGGAGAUGACGUGGACCUGGUAGAUGGGCAGCCGACAGGGUCUGUGAGGAUUUCAUUUGGAUACAUGUCUACUCUUGAGGAUGCCCAAGCCUUUCUCAAGUUCAUCAUAGCCACCCGACUGCGGCCGCAACGUAGCCAGCCUGUUCCUCAGGCUGCCCCUGGGGAGGUUGGCACCGCACCAGCAGAGAGCGAGGCUCAGAGCACCGUGCCCGCCACUGUGCCCACCACUGUUCCCUCUCCUCGGGAAGACACCCCCACAGCCUCCAGGGCCGGGAAUGACUGGCCCCCUGCUGUGGGUGCUGUGUGUUUGCACCCGCCUCUGCCGGAGGCCACCGGGACCCUGCAGGCCCCUCCAGAGAAAGCGGCAGCAGCCCCGGGUGGGGGCCUUGGGCCACAUGUCAUCACCAACCUUUUCCUCUACCCCAUCAAAUCCUGUGCUGCGUUUGAGGUGACGCAGUGGCCUGUGGGACACCAAGGGCUGCUGUAUGACCGGAGCUGGAUGGUUGUGAACCACAACGGCAUUUGCCUGAGUCAGAAGCAGGAGCCGCGGCUGUGCCUGGUCCAGCCCCGCAUUGACCUGCAGCAGAGGAUCAUGGUCGUUAGAGCCAAAGGAAUGGAGCCUAUAGAGGUGCCUCUUGAGGAAAACGGUGAAUGGGUUCAGAUUUGCCAAAGCAAGGUCUGUGCGGACAGGGUAAAUACUCAUGAUUGUGGAGAAAAAAUUUCAAGCUGGUUGUCAAGGUUUCUGGGCCGUCCGUGUCAUUUGAUCAAACAAAGCUCGGACUUUCAGAGAAACGCGAAGAAGAGCCAUGGCAAAGGGCAGUCUGCUGGAACACCAGCCACUCUUUCUCUGGUGAAUGAGGCCCAGUAUCUGCUGAUAAACAGAUCCAGUGUUUUGGAACUUCAGCAGCAAUUAAACGCCAGUGAUGAGAGCGGAAGGGAGGAAUUAUUCCCAAUGAGAGAGCUCAUCUCACGUUUCCGUGCCAAUAUUAUUACCAGUGGAGCAAGCGCUUUUGAAGAAGAGAAAUGGGAGGAGAUUUCAAUCGGUUCCUUGCAUUUCCAGGUUUUGGGGCCUUGUCACAGAUGCCAGAUGAUUUGCAUUGACCAGCAAACUGGGCAACGAAACCAAGAUGUUUUCCAAAAGCUUUCAGAGAGUCGAGAGAGAAAGGUAAACUUCGGAGUGUACCUGAUGCAUAUGUCUUUGGAUUUUUCUUCUCCAUGUUUCCUGUCCGUAGGAUCUCAGGUGCUCCCUGUGUUGAAAGAAAAUGUAGAAAGCCACGAUUUACCUGCUUCUGAGAAACAUCAGAAUGUUGUCUCCUAAGAUUCUUUUUUUUCCAGCUUAAAUUAAAAUUUCUCUUUUACAAC